ACUUUAAUGUACUGUACAUAUUCUGUUGUGUAAAAUACGUGUCAGUUUCUUUUUCUGUUUCAGAUUCCGUAAGACUCGGAUAUGACCUCCUUUUUUGAAUGGAUUUAUAAUGGUUUCACUAAUAGCUUCUGUAGUGCACUUCAGUUUCUAGGACUGUACAAGAAAUCAGGAAAAUUAGUAUUUCUAGGACUGGACAAUGCUGGGAAGACUACUCUGUUGCACAUGCUCAAAGAUGAUAGACUGGCACAACAUGUGCCAACGCUACAUCCAACCUCAGAAGAGCUGACGAUUGCCGGGAUGACUUUUACUACUUUUGAUCUAGGUGGCCAUACGCAAGCCCGAAGAGUCUGGAAAAACUACCUCCCGGCUAUCAAUGCUAUUGUCUUCCUGGUUGACUGUGCAGACUGUGAGCGCCUGGCAGAAUCCAAAGCAGAGCUUGAUGCACUAAUGACAGAUGAAACAGUUGGAAAUGUGCCUAUUCUUAUCCUUGGUAACAAAAUUGACCGACCUGAGGCAAUCAGUGAAGAGAGGUUUCGAGAGCUGUUUGGGUUAUAUGGACAAACAACAGGGAAGGGAAAUAUUUCCAUGAAAGAGCUUAAUGCACGACCACUAGAAGUCUUCAUGUGUAGUGUCCUGAAGAGACAAGGUUAUGGAGAAGGUUUCCGCUGGCUAGCUCAGUACAUAGACUGAAGUUGACUUUGGGAAGAUUAUCUGUCAAAGGCUGAAGAUCAGCUACCAACAUAAAACAACUUGAACCUAAUAGACAUUUUCUGGGUAUAUGUUUGGUUAUAAAAGUUUGAUGUUUUUUCUAGAAGAAUAACAAUAGCAUUGGCUGCGCUAAAAGAGAAAAAAAAAAAUCAUCUGUACGUAUGAGGCCUCAAAAAAAAUUCUUUAAAAGUUUGUAUGUUUAAAGUUACAAUAUGGUAACACUCUAAUUUCAGUGGAUAUCUGUUUCCUUACUUUGAUUUACAACAUUAACCAAACCAUCAAUCUGUACAGUUUUGGACAGAGUGUACUUAGACAAACAUAGCAUCUGAAUGCACUUUUUAACAGGAAAGCAACGUACAUGUGAGCGGUAUUUAAUGAUCAUGUAAAAAUUUUUAUGUACUAUUUUUAAAUUGUUCGGUUCAAUAAAUUUAGAACAUGUAACCACCCAUCCUUUUAGUAUCUGAAGAUUACAAAUAUUUUUAGAGAUCUCAAUUUGUUAAUACUUGCUCAUGAUACUGUAACAUUUUCAGGAGUAUCCCAGAGCACCCUCUAAUUAGACUGUAACCAAAUUUGUUCCUCGCUUGAAAGUAGAAGAAACAAAUGCUCAUUCCUUAUCAAUUUCCGUGUUAUUCUUCUAAAGAGUAUUGUGCAAAAUGUAAGCACGCCUAGUUUUUAUUCAAAGAUUUAAAUUAUACCUCUUCACAAAAUAAUAUGGAAAGCACCAAUAAAUUAUACAUGCAUGAAAUAAUCCCAUAAGCAUUCUCCUUAAGCUUAUCAGAAUUUGUUCAAAUAAGGAAUUGAUUUUUAGCUCUGGUUAUUUCCUAUGUUUAUUUUUUUGUCUGUGGAGUAAGAAUGUCACUUAUUGGAAAAAAAAAGAAACUUGCAAUGGAACAAUUUCUUAAAUGUUCUUAAAUAUAACUGUUCUUGCAUUCAUUUGCCAAGAUAGAUUAUAUUAGAAAUGUAAAACAUAAUCAACAACUCUUGCCUAAUUAGUUGGGAGAAUAACCUAUAAAGGCAUAGUUAGUCUAUUUUUACAGUAGGAUUUAUUCAGCAUGACAACACCAACUAGCCUUCAGCCAGCUGAUAAAAAAGAGCGCUUGAUCAUGACACAAAGAAAGAAAGAAAUAACACUUGUCUGUGCCGAGUGUAAUUAAAUCUUUUUUUUAAAAUGUA